UACGGGGCCCAGGAGCGCUAGAGGCUAGGACUGCAAACACAAGUCCAAAACUCGACACGUUUGCCCAUAAUGAUGUCAUGGUCACGGGAGGAUAUCCUCAUAAUUAAUUUCGCUGAACUUAUACUGUCACGAUAUGUGCGCCUUACAAAAUUUCAUAGAAUGUCAUGUUCGCGGAACUGAGUGCCAAUCCCACUUUCAACUUUAUUGUGGCAGGUUAAUAUGAAUCAGAAUAAGUUUUGUGAUCGGAACUAAAAAUCCAAAAAAGCAAGACGGGAUUAAAACUGAGUUUAAAGUGAGAAGUUUGAUGUUACGAGGAGUUUCGCACAAAAAAUCGAACGCUGGUUCCCCUCAUAAGCUUGCCCUAGUUAUUCAACUGUGUUGAAGUAUCGGAGCAUACUUUUGGCCCAUAGGAAAGAUGGAACAGUAAACAACGAACCGUGCCAACAACGACGCGAUCGGCUACUUAAGAUAUAAGGAGCAAGGGAACUCAAGAAGUAUGUGUCCUUGGUAAUAUCCAGAAAUUCCCCGAAAUGGACAUUAUAUCCAGAAUACUUAAGUUAUAAAACGCUUUCCUACUUUGUAUUUGUAUGAUGGCUUACUUACCAAAUGAUGAGAGGAAAAUCGACCACCUUGAAUCUCUGGAGGCGGACUCAUACCAGAGAAGCGUUUCGAUCUUUACAGAAUGUUCUGAUACAGAUUUUGAGGAACUUGAAAUACCAGACACAGCAGAUAUUAACUUGGACGAAGGAGAUGACGACGAUGGCCUUCCAAUUAUUCCAUUCAGCUCACUGUAUAGAAAAGACUUGGAAACAAAUUUUCGCAGAAAAUAUUUCAUACCUAAAACCAAGAUAACUGUCACGAUCACAGAUUAUGAAAGAAAAAUCCACAAAAUACUCAGCCCAUAUGUUUACAUCAUCAAACUGACUCAUGGCUUACACAGUUGGUCAGUAAGGAGAAGAUACAAGCAUUUUGAGGAGCUUCAUAGGCAUCUGAUGGUUUUCAAAGCUAAAUUGAACAUUCCUUUGCCAAACAAAGAACAUCAGGAACAGAGAAAAAAGAAGCGAUUUUUACCAAGAUUCCCAAAGUCACCUGAUGCAUUCAUUACUGAGGAUAGACUUAAUAGACGGAUGAAACUUCUCCAAAAUUAUCUCCAAAAUGUGCUCAACUCAUCUGUCUACAGAAACCAUCCAGAAACUUUAGCAUUCCUAAAUGUCUCAAGGCUCUCGUUUGUAUACAACCUUGGGCGCAAACUCCGAGAAGGAAGUGUGCUAAAAAGAGCAGGUGGGCGCAGGGCAGGCACAGGUUGUUUUGGGUUGUCAUCAAAACUGAAAACGGGAAGAUGGUCAAAAAGGUGGCUUGUUCUGAAGGACACUUUUGUAGCCUACAUCAGCAGCAGUGGACGUCUUGGUGAUGUCAUGUUGAUAGAUGAUGAGUUUGAUGUUGGAUAUGGUCUCAUUGACACUGGGAUACAUCAUGGUCUCAUAGUGUCCAAUUUGACUAGGCGCCUCAUGCUGAAAUGUAAGACCCACAACAAAGCCAAGGAAUGGUAUGAUGCUGUUUCAGAUGUCAUAAAGACCACAGCAGAUGACUUCACCACUGAGAACCGCUAUUUAUCUUAUGCGCCUGUUAGAGAAGAUGCAUUUGCCAACUGGUUUGUUGAUGGAGACUCUUAUUUUUAUGCAGUGUCCCUUGCUCUGGAAAGUGCAAAAGAGGAAAUUUUCAUCACAGACUGGUGGUUGAGUCCAGAGAUUCUGUUACGACGUACUAUUGGUGAAGGUCCAAAAUGGCAACUGGUGGAUACUUUGAGAAGAAAAGCAGUUCAAGGGGUGAAAAUCUUUGUUCUGUUGUAUAAAGAAGUGGAACUGGCUUUGGGAAUCAACAGCCUGUACAGCAAACAAGUCCUGGUUAAAGAAUUGGGUGACAAUGUCAAGGUACUUCGUCACCCUGACCAUGUUCCUGGGGGUGUUCUGCUGUGGGCUCACCAUGAGAAGAUAGUGGUAGUGGACCAAAGGAUUGCAUUUGUUGGAGGACUAGACCUAUGUUAUGGCCGCUGGGAUGAUGAUUGUCACAGAUUAACAGAUGUUGGUUCUGUGAGCCUGUCAUGCAGUGAGGAGCCCGAGACUGCCUCGCCUACCCCACCUAUAUCUUGGAUGCCACCCCAUGCUGCCCCAGUAUGCCCCAUCAACAACAACAACAAAGAGGAUAUGUGUCCUAUUGAUCUUGUACUGAUGGAGACUGUGACUGAGAAUGAAGAUGUGUUUGAUGAAGUAGAUAGCUCUGAUAAAUUCAAGGACAUCCCAUUUAUUGAUGAAGCUGAAACAGUGAAAGAGUCACACAAGGAGAAAAAAGAGGGCGUUCAUCCAAGUAGGAGUCCAAAAAAACCUACAGUGAUGGUGCCUGUCAAUAAACCUCCAAACCCCCCCAAAGCUCCAAUAGGGAUAAAAAGAGGAGUCUCAGCACUGAGUGAUAUCUCAGAAAAAAGUGAGACAGGCAGUGAUGAAAUCAGUAAUGCAGAUGUCCAAGUUUCAGCAGUUGGGACUGAUUCUAAUGGAGAAUGUAACAAGGAUGAAACUAGGGAAAACAGAGAAGCUGUCUCCGACAAAGAAUUAAAACAAAUGGGAAAAGAAAAUGUCUUUUUUCCUUCUCGGAGUACAAACACAACAGCUUUUAGUGAUAUUGUUCAACGAUUAAUGAUUCACAAAAAUAGACUACAAGAGACAUUUCCAGAGGAAACAAAAAAUGCAAUUACUGUGGAUGCUGUGAUAGAGCCAGUACAGGAAGAUGGAGGAAAAGGAUCUGUAGAUCCCGCAAUUGCACCUGAUCCAAAUGACUCAAAUCAGAUUGGAAAGUUUGAGAGCUUAGCAGUGCCUGAAGAUGACUCUACUGUCCAAGAUGAGAUUGAUAAGAAUCAGAACAUAUUCAUGCCAACCGAAGAGGCUGACAUUGGAUUGACAGGAAAAUAUAAAGUUUCUAAAGUAGAAUUAGAUGACGGAAAUCAGCUUCCUGAGACCAGAUCAAAAGAACUUCAGAAUAUGAAAAUUGUGAACAACAAUGAUGACGGAUUAAUAGAAACACCAAAAAAAGCUGCUGGAAAAGAAACAGUUGAGAGUGACCCUGUUGAGAGCCAGAAAAUACUUUCUUUAUCACCUAAAAGUAAUAGAAAAAAGAGCGCCCUGAAAUCUCCCAGCCCCAUCAGUACACCUAAAACUGAGAGAAAGGAAACAACAAUAAAGAAAAGUGAAGUAACCUUCACUGAUGACCUGGAGAAGAAUGAAUUAACACCUAGAGCAUCCCCAGCCACUCAGAAGAAAAAGAAAGAUGUAGCAAAAUCAAAGCAAAAUAAAACAAAAAAAGAUGGGCAGCUUUUAUUGCAAAUAGAUAGCGAUAGAUCUUCAUUUGACUCUACAGUGGAACCGAAAACAAAAGACAAGAAAUACAAAAAGAAAGAAAAGAAAACAAAAUAUAAGAAAAAAGAUGACAUGGAAAGUAAAUCAUUAGAACAUCUGGAUGAAUCAGAUGGGCUCUUGCACCAAAAGAUUGAAGGUGUGAAGGGUUCAGCUCAAAUAGAUACUGACGUGUCUUCAUUUGACUCAGCAGUAGAACGACAAACAAAAGACAAGAAAUACAAAAGGAAAGACAAGAAAAGAAAAAAGAAGAAAAAAGAUCACAAAGAAAGCAAAUCAUUAGAACAUCUGGAUGAAUCAGAUGGACUUUUGCAGGCAAGGUAUGAAGUAUGUGAAUCUGAUUCGCAAGAAAACUCCACACCAGAGCCAAAAAGAAAGUCUAAAACAAAAUGGAAAAGCAAUAAAGACAGUGAUUCUGAUGGAAGUGAUGUAUCAGACAGCAGUGAUCCAACAGCAACUUGGCCACGUGCCAAACUUGUUCUAAAAAAAGCAGUCCAGAGAAUGAAGUCGAGGCUUGGAUCAUCAAGUAGUGAGGAAGAUGGGGAAGAUGGGGAAGCUGAACAUGACAAGCAUUACAAAACAUGGACCGCUUCCAAAAUGACCACCAUGUCAAAGGCUAUGGACAAUUUCAAAUUAGGACUGAAAAGCAAAAAACCCCAGGGAUUGAAAUUGAAGAUUGAAAGACAAAAUGUCCCCACAUUGGUGGUCAGUUCUCCCUCCCCAGUUGGCAGUAAUACAGAUCUUGCCUACGAACAUUCUGAUGAUGAGCAUCCUGUUGGUGACACCAAGCGUUUAAGCAAACCUUUAGAUAGAUUUAGGAAGGCCAGUAGACUGGCAUCCAGACUUGCAUCUAUGCACUCAGUAUACCGCCAGAAAUCUGUGGACAUGACGGUGGAAGAGGAAGAUAGCCUCAUAUACAAAGGAAACAAUUUUGAGGGAAAUAAGGUAGUGUCACACCUGUCGUGUGUAAAGCAUCAGUUGGUAGCUGUGUGUUAUACUAAGCUGUGUAACAGAUGUAUAAGCACACAUGGAUCAGCAAUUAAUGAGGACCAAUUGAAGGAAAUGGGACUUGAGGGUAACACAAAGAUCUGGAUAGGCAAGGACUAUGCCAACUUCAUCUUAAAAGACUUUGGUGGGGUAGAAGAACCAUAUGCUGACAGUGUAGACAGAAACACCAUUCCCAGAAUGCCCUGGCAUGACAUAGGGAGCGUAGUGUUUGGAAAACCUGCCAGAGAUGUCGCUAGGCAUUUUAUUCAGCGCUGGAACUUUACAAAGCAAACCAAGGCCAAAUACAAUCAUGACUACCCUUUCUUGGUGCCAAAGUCUUAUGAACAUACUGCUGUCCCUCAAGGACUCAGAAAAUACUCCUUUUACUGUAGAGCUCAGGUAUUGCGUAGUGCUUCCUCCUGGUCAGUAGGAAUAGCUAGAACAGAGGACUCCAUCCAGCAGGCAUACAUCAAGGCCAUUGAAGAUGCCAAACAUUACAUUUAUAUAGAGAACCAGUUUUUCAUCACUGUGUAUGAACAUCCAGAUGUUCAUAAUGGAAUAGGAGAGGCCUUGUACAAGAGGAUCAUCAAAGCUCAUGAGAAUAAUGAAACAUUCCGUGUUUAUGUGGUGCUGCCAUUACUGCCAGGGUUUGAAGGAAAAAUAGGUGAUACAACUGGUGCCGCUUUACGAACAGUUACACACUGGAACUAUCAGUCCAUUUGUAGAGGAGGGAAGUCACUAUUAGAGAGACUCCUCAAGCACAUGACCGACCCUUUCAAAUACAUCUCAUUCUAUGGUCUGAGAAACCAUGAUGUGCUGAAUGGAAAACUUGUUUGUGAGCUGAUCUAUGUGCAUAGUAAGAUGUUAAUUGUGGAUGACAACUUGGUGAUCAUAGGCUCAGCCAACAUCAAUGACCGCAGUUUGUUAGGCAAAAGGGAUAGUGAGAUGGCUGUCCUAUAUGAAGACAAAGCUACUUUGGCUUCCAAGAUGAAUGGAAAAGAUUAUGAGGCAGGGUUAUUUGCUUCCAGUCUCAGAAGGACAGUAUUUAGAGAGCAUUUAGGAAUUAAAGACAAUGAAACUGAUGUGACAGACCCUGUGUGCAACGAGAUGUAUAAAAAGACUUGGUUACACAGGGCAGCCAUUAACUCCAAAGUUUAUACACAGGUCUUUAAUUGCAUUCCCAACAAUGACAUCCACAACAUGUCACAGCUGAAGGAGCUGCAGAAACAAACUCCUCUUGCAGAGUCUAAUCCAAGGAAAGCAAAACUAGAAUUGAAGCAGAUUAAAGGCAAUAUUGUCUUCUUCCCUCUGCAAUUUCUCAAAGAGGAAAAUCUAGAACCCUCUAUUGUAACCAAGGAAGGAAUGGUACCCAAGGCACUUUGGACAUAGAUUCAAAUAUGACUGUUCAUUCUUCAAAGGCAUUUGAAUCUCCCUUUAUUCUCAGGGCUGGCUUUAAGGUUUCUGAUCAUGUCAUGAUCAUUCUUCAAGAGUAUACCUAAAUGUUUAGUUCUUUUUAUUACAUAUUUAAGUUGACUUUAAUGUAUUUUUAUGAAUAAGGCUGCAUGAAAUGGUUCUGAACAGCUGUUGUUUUAUGUGGUAUGAACUUAAAGCAAAUUAAAAAAGAUUUGAAAAUUGGCUACUGGAAACUUUCAAAUGUGAUUUUUAAGGGCUUUCUAUUGCAACAUUUUCCAAUAUUGUAAACCUGACAUUAAAUAAAAGCAACUGUGCCAGGCAGUUGUUUUCCUCCAGAUUUCUAGGAAAAUCUCAGAAAGCAUUUAUGAAAUAUAGCAGCCCUGACUUCGAUUAAUGGAAAUUUAAAAGACAGAAGUAUUGGUUUUUGAGACUGACAUUUGUGUUUGCAGUUUGUUGGCCUCAUCUCCUCAUGUGAUAUCAAAACAGUCAUACUGUAUGACUAAGAGAGUGCUUACUUGCAUUGUUGCCUUAGUUUGUAAGUGGCAGUGGGUGUGCACAAUUGAUCUUACUUUCAAGAUAUUGUUUUUAAUGUUAUAUUUAUUUGUAAAUUAAUGCUAUGAAUAUAGACAUUGGAUUCAAUAUUUUUAGAGUGAACUGGUUAUAGAAAUAUUUUAAUUGCACCUUACUUUUUGCAGGUUCAUUGUUCUUUGUUCAUUACCCUUUAUAUCAGAAGAGGUGCAUCAUAAUUUUUUUCAAGAAGAGUUCAUUUUAAGAAAUAAUUUUAACAUAUGAUAUAAAUUAACAUACAUCUUGAUAUGUUCAACAGUUAAGUGAAAACUAUUUCUUUUAAUGCAGAUACUGAAAUAAUGAAUAUAAUAAUCAAGUGCAUAGUUUGUACUGUACUGUUUGUACUGUUAUUUCAUACACUUCAUUAAAAAAAUCCUCAUUACAAUGUAAACAUUGGUCAAAGAUGGAGGCUGUGAUUAACUAAUCCCAAUUUUAACAUAUAGUGUGAGUUUUUAGACAAAUUUGUGUAAUUUUUAAAAAGUUUAAUGGUUAUGAAUAUAAUAUGUUUGUUAGCUGAGUUUUUUAUACCAGUUGACAAUUUUACAAGGUUGCGAUUUACAUUAUGCAUAUUCUUUUGAGAAGUACUGAGUAGUAUGUGACUCUACAUAUAUCAAAUACAUGUAUUUUGAUUUAGUCUUUCCAUAUCAGAGAACAUCAGUGAUCACAACAGUAUUAUCAUGUGUGUUGUGCACACAACAGAUUAAAAGGUGUAUAGGUGUAAUUCUUUGACCAGACCAAAGAUGGCUUCAGAUGCAUACUUAGACCAUAACUGAAAUCAAUAUUGCCCUAUAUAUAUAUAUAUAUAUAUAUAUAUAUAUAUAUAUAUAUAUAUAUAGGAGUUUCUGUAGAUAAAUUGCCCUCUGUGCAAAUUCAAAUGGAGCAAGAAUUUAGCUAUACUUAGAGACAUUCGACCAUGUCUUGGAUAAUACAAUCACUUAGAAAUUAAUUUGAUCAACUGGUAUAAAGUUUCAGGCCACAGAAGUUGAUUAAGAACGUAAGUCUACACCUUAUAGAUUGUCACUUAGGCUCAAGGCAGACUAAUACUUGUCAACACAGCUGUAUAUUUAAGUUGAUCUAAUUAAUUCAUAUAAAAUAUUGUUUUAAUCAUUAUAUUAUUUGUUUGACCAACUAUGCACUAGAACUAGACCAUGUGUUUGCCCAUUAUGAAUUUGUCAUUUUAGAUAAAUUAGCACUUAUAUAUGUUAGGAAAUAUUUUCUUAUUCACUUUAUAAUGCAGAAAUAAACUUUGUCCUGUUAUGAGAUAAAGCUGUCACAUCAAAAAUACAUUGGGGUGAAUUUGCUAAUUCCAACUGAUGACAUAACAGCAGUACUAGUGUUUUUGUGGUGAAAAUUGUUUUGGAAUUUGAACAGCUCUCCCUCACCUGCAACAUUUUAAUGCCUUUUUUUCAUCACAACCAAAAGUAGUACAAUUUGUUGCCAGGGAUUUCUUUUGAAAA